AUGCGUGAAAUUUUGUUGUUCAUCAUGAGUGAUAAUGGCAGCACUCACGCUUUAUACCUCGAAACCAUAGUCGAGGAAACCAGUGAUGAUUUGCGCUCUGAACGUUCCUCUGCCGCAACAUGGCUAUCAGAUUCAGAUGCAGAUUCUGUCAUUCAUGUGCGAGGGACUCAAGGUUCGGAGUGCGACAGCGAGUCAGAGCGCGAGUGGGCGUGCCCGGCGAAGCGCAGGCGGCGCGAGCGCGCCACCUCGCCCGCCAGCUCGGGCUCGCUUUCGCGUUCCUCCAGCCUCGCGCAGUUCGAGUCUCUGGAGAGAUCUUGUGCAGCGCCCGCCUCACCAAGCCUCUCGCCCGACUCCCUGGAGUCACCUCCGCCUUCCCCACCGCCAACACGUGUUCCAGCACCACGCACCCAUCUGUCUGCCGAGAACCUCAGCGAAGACAGCGGCUACAGCGAGCGGUCGCGGCGGCCGCCCCCGCCGGCGGCGUGCCGCCCGCCCGAAAUAGCGCACCGCGCGGCGGCCGGCAGCGCGCCCUGCCUCGUCGCGUCGCCCAGUGCUGAGCGCCGUCCGCCCCGCGCCGCGCGCGCUCUCUCGCUCCCCGCCGAGCUCGACGUGUGCGCCGAGCCGCGACGCCACGCCGCGCAUCGAGCCCGCUUCAGGCAAACCUUCGAAGUAUCAGACAGUCUGACCGUCAGCGUGGCAGACCUCACCGCCCUCGACUACAGGGGCGGCCCGCGGCGCCCGCGACUGCCGCCCCCACCGCCACCCCCUCGGAUGAACAGAAAUGUACCACCCCCGCCACCUCCCGUCGAGAAGGUUGUUCGACAACCAACCGAGUCCCCGGUUCGGGAACCCAGCGCCAGCAGCGACUCUACCACCGAAUCAGAGCGUGCUUUCGCGAGAGAAAUGGAGGCGACGGCGCGCCGGCUGGACGAGACAGCGCGGCGAGCGCUCGCUGACAGCGAAAACUACGAUCGCGAACUGUCCGUGAUGACAGCGAGACGACUACACGACUCGUGGGGCGCCUGGGAUGACGUGCUAGAUGAACUCCGACGGCGCAUAGACGGGCCGUCACCCUCCCCUUCCCCACCACGAACGCCAUCGCCAGACCCUAUUAGAGAACCAGUGUUCACUUCAACGCCACUAAGAUCAUCAUGCGAUGCUAGAGUGAGAUCUACACCUGAGCUGCGCUCGCGAGCAACCCCACAUAGAGAAACGCCAGAAGAACUUCGUGCGUCACUACAAUUAGUAGCGCCUCCCCCUCCAGACGCCGCGCCUCCCGUGCGCUCCGUGUCUGCUGGCUCCAAAGGAGUGACGUUCUCGCCAGUAGUGGCAGAAGUCAGCUGGCGCGAAACAAGUACAAGCACCACUGAGAGCGAAACAACCGCAAGCGACGACGCGGACGACGCCGAAGUGGUAGUAGUGGAGGGGGAAGGCGCGGAGUCGCGCGCGCCGGCCGCAGAGCGCGCUGCCGCCAUGACGGAAGCGGGCGCGCGCGCGCCGCGCAGCCGCAUCGCCGGCUUCCUCUCGCGAUUCGCGAACUUCAGGUUCUCGGGGCGCAAGGAGAAAAAGACACGGGGCGCAGGCGCGAAUAUACGACCCCCUACGAACGGCACGGCGACAGCGGCAGAUGCGGGGCAGGUACCGCGCGGGCCGGCCGCCGGGCCGCAGUAUGUGCGUAUCCCGCUGAAGGAGGAGGGUGUGUCGCGGGCGGCGGCACCCCCGGUGGCGGGCGGCGUGGCGCACAAGCCGCCUCGGCCGCGCCCGCCGCCCGCGCCGCCGGCCGGCGUGCUGGAGACCGAUGUGGACACUCAGCGCACCGUGCUGCACGCGCGCUCGCUGCUCGCGCUCGCCCCUCCCGACCAGCGCACUCCUCGCCCUCACAAGUCCAUGGAGUUCCUGCUCGACAAGGACAACGUGCAAACUGUACAGAAACCAAUUCAACCUUAUUACAAACUGAGAUGUCUAAAAGCUGAUCAAACAACAGAAUACCAAUGUGAGAAAGAUAUUGAAAUGAGCUUGGAUGAAUUUAAUUCACCAUCAGUUCCAAGCACAAGUUACAACACAAGCUACUGUAGCACACCAACAGAAUCUAGAACUUUAGCGGAAAUCAUUUCUAGUGUCAAAUUAGAUCACAGCUACGAGAACACCCCAAAAUCUUCAAAAAAUAAAUUGGAAAGGGUCUAAAUACCUUGAAAAUGUCACAAGCUCGAAUUAAAGUAUUGUCACAAAAUAUUAAACGUAUGAAAAUUACUGUGUCUACUUUAAAAUCUGUAAUUGCUGAUUUAAACCAAAAGAAACUGGGAUGUGAUGAUUGUGUUUAUAUGUUAAAUCAGUAUGAUGAUUUCAAACCACAACUUUUUAAAAGAAUAACCAAAAAUGUAAAACGUUUAAAGUAAUCUCCAGAAUUAAGAUAAUUUGCCAUUUCUUUACAUUUUUAUUCGCCAAAGGCAUAUGCAUAUGUGCGUAAUAGGUUUAAUUUGGCUUUGCCUCAUCCUCGUGUGAUACGCUCAUGGUAUAGUUCCAUUGAGGCCAAUCCAGGUUUCUCAGUCGAAAGUUUCAAUACCUGAUUCUAAUAUUAAUGAGGCUUUAUAAUUCGAUCGAUAUGAAAGUCAAUAAGCAACCUUUUAACGAAAACCAAUGAACUGUUUCCUAAAAGAUCACUUGAGAGACAGUCUGUUAUGUCUCAGACAAUUUUCAUAAUCAUGUUCUUUUAAAAGAAAUAAUAACCAAAUAUAUUGACAUCCAUUUGUACGCAGAAACAAAAAAAUACUUUUUAUUAGUAACUGGAGAGAAAGUAAGACAUUUUUUGACCCAACAGAUAAAAUGGGCUCGACGAUAUUUUUUAAAUAAUAAAAUAUGUGAUUUAAAUAUGCUUUUUUAAUUUCCCUGUCCCUUCCCUUGCAGUAGUUAAGCUGAUAGAAGUUUAUUACCGUAAUUACAGAUCUAAUAGUAAUUAUUGUGUC